AUGCCUAGAAGUAUUAAGAAGAACGAUCUAGCAACUUGUCAACCGAAUGAAUUCGGAAAAAAAAUUAAAAAUAAAAGGAACGUGAGUAAUACUGCGCAAUCAAGACCAAAAAAUAGAAGCAACCAAGACCAAGAAAUAGAAGAGAUGUUUGAAAAGACCACGAAGAAAAGCAAAGCCCAGCAAAUCUAUGAUGAUAUGCACCUGUACUUUCGGGACCUGGACCGUCCUGUAGGGUUUAACCCCAUGUUACCUGUUGAAGUUGCUAGUGCAAUCUGGAAAGAAACUAGUUCAGGCGUUCUGGUUGGAGCGACAAAGCAAGAAAAAAGUUGGCUCAGCAACUUCUGGGUUCCAAGGGAAGCCUUGUUUGGAAGAUUGCCAAAUGUACGUAUCUGUUGUUCAGUACCUGUGGCGAAUAUAUAUUUUGUGUUUAAAAUAUUUAGGACUUGUGCAGGGGAAUUAGAUGUUCGUGCAGGGGAAGAAGGUGUUUAUGUGGAGGAAGAAGGUGUUCGUAUAGAGGAAGAAG